AUGUGGCAAGACGUGCAGGCGCGACAAAUCUUGCGCGACCAGUUCGUUGCAGCGGUCGCGCGCGUGCUCGAUGAGGGCUGGGCCGAGCAGCUGCCGCCGAUGCCUGUGUUCACGACGACCGACGGCUGUCGCCUGGCCUACGACGACACCGUGGCCUCGUCACCAGCCAACGCACCCGUUGUCCUCUUUCUCCAUGGAUGGAGCGCGAGCCGCCGGUACUUCUGCCGCAACGUCCCGCAGCUCCAGGCGACCUGUCGUGUUAUCUGUCUCGACAUGCGCUUUCAUGGCGAGUCGGACAGCCCGGCGCAUGGCAUGCACAUUGCGCGUUUAGCCGCUGACGUCCGUGAGCUCGUGCUAGGCCUAAACCUGGACAAAUCCAAACUCACGCUCAUCGGUACGUCUAUGGGCUGCGCUGUCAUUUGGAGCUUCGUCGAGCUCUUUGGCAGUGCUAGCGUGCGCCAAGCCAUCUUUGUCGACCAGCUUCCUCUGCAGAAUCGGCGCGAGGACUGGCCGCUUCACGGCUAUGGGUGCUACGACGAAGCGAGCUUGCAGGGCAUCGAGCACACGCUUGCGACCGACUUGCCCGCGAUUGCCCAAGGCAACCUCGACAGCUGCCUUGUCCGCGACGACGUGCCGCGAGAUAUUCUCGAUAUUCUGCGCGCUGACGUUCUACAAUGCAAGCCAACAGCGCUCGCAACACUCAUGCGCGACCACACGCAGAUCGACUGGCGGCCACUUCUACCCACGAUAUCAAUUCCGUGCUUGAACCUCCUCGGCGGCCCAAAGAACAAGGUCUUCCCGAUGGCUGGCGCCCUCGUCGUCGGCGACACGAUCCCCAACUGCACCAACGUCGUCUUUGAGCGUUGUGGGCACUGGCUUUAUCUCGAGCAGCCCAACGACUUCUGCCAGCUUGUCCAGGCGUUCGUCCAUGAUCGCCCGUUGCCAGUGUCGUCAUCGAACGGGCUCGUCGUGUACAACAAGUAG